UUUGAUGAAAAUUUGGCAACGUCUUCGGGUCUGUGCCGUUAUCGGUUGACGUCGGCGCCGCGGUGUGGUAUCGCUGUCGCGGCGGCGCCUGUCAAACGAGCGCCGCGCGGACCCGCGACCACCACCACCACCACCGCCGCUGGCGUGUAGUGUCACCACUCACAGUGCCGUGGCGGUCGUCGAGACGUCCACAACUCCUUCAUCUAACUCCUCUUCCAAACUCCUUACCGUCACCUGCACCCGACACUCACUACUCCGACACAACUCACAGUGCGGUGCGGUACGGCAACUGCGGCGCGCGGUGGCGCCUUCACACCGAACCCUGUGGGCCCCCGGCGGCCCCACAAGGCGCAUGUAGCCGGGGCACCAAGACAUGCCCAGGCAUGGCCGGCAAUAACACCGGCCCCCGCGAUCCUUCUACAGGCUAGCCCAGCCAGCCACACACACUGCAGGCCAUGGCCUACUAUCUGAUCAACACAGCCACAUUGCUCUGGACCACUGCCUUGCUGUGGAUCACCUCAGCAACUGGAUUGGAUCCGUCAGACCUGCUGUCGUUCCCAGGGCAAUCGAUAGACCUUCUAAGUUCCUUAGGCUUGUACAACUCGUCUUGGGUGGGGGUAACACUGACAGAAGGUCCUUCACAAAUUCGCCCGGCCUACUUGUUACAAGAACCGCCCCAGUCCUUUGAGAAUAAACAAGGAGGUGCUCAAAACGAAUGUAAUGGAGUGGACCAGAUGGUAUGGAGAGGUGAUGAGGGACAGAUAAAGAGGCGUAAUGUGGGGUUAGGGAUCGAGCUUUUGACGUUCGCUGCUUUGAGAUAA